CUGUGUCUAUAUAUCCUCGUCCCUAACACCUUUCAAACUCCUAAGUAAAGUUUGUCAGGAUCUAAAGGAUAAGGAGUUGAUAGAGAUGGAGAGGCUGAACUCGAACCUGUACUUGGCGAACUGCUUGAUCGAGGAGAACGCGAGGCUGAGGAAGAAAAAGCAGCUCCUCGACCAGGAGAACAAGGCUCUCCUAUCCCAGCUCAAGCAGCAGCAUCAGCAGCACGUGGUGAACUCCGACCCGCGCUCCACCAACAAUGUCGAUGACCUCGCUCUCAUGAUGACAUCAAUGACUGUGACCUCUCCUUCGUCCGCCUCUUGUCCAAAUACUUCCGCCGGUCCCAGCAGCUGAAUCUCCUGAAUGCAUACCCUUCGCUUAUCUGUUUUUGGUGUAAAAUCAAAAUUAGCAUGCGGACUCUCUAUUAAGAUGACGCUUAGUAAUCAUUAGUUAUGUUGUUUCGCACGUCAUAGCAGUAAUAUGUUACAAGUAGAAGUUGUCCAGUAGCACUUAUAUAUAUAUGUCGGGUGUCUCAGCUCUUUAGCAAAUGUGCCUUAUGCCUAUAUUAUUGUACCUGCUUAACCUUUCAGUUAUUUUUUUCUUUUUUUUUUUUGAGUGUAAACUUUGAUAUCCGAAAGCAUAAUUCAGUUUUAAGUUCUUCUUUUCUCCUAAUAUUUUGUCUUUGGCAUUUUUAAUUUGGGAAGUGCUUCGGCGUUGGCGUCAUAUGCCUGAACGUUGGUCACCUGCCUCUCAAGUUAUUCCGGUGACAUUUUAUAGAAUUAUAGUGCAUUAAUAUGUUUUUGUUUUUAU